AUGGAAGAAAUUCAUAAUUAUCCUUUUGAUCCAGUUAUUAAGUUUAAGCAGCAAGGACGUAGUUUUUCAUAUAAAAUUAUAAAAGAAGGUACAUAUCCUAAUAAAGAAUCAUUAGUUUAUACUCUUCCUCCGAAUAAGUAUCGUAUUCCUAAUAACUAUAUAGUAGAAACAACCUGGGGUAGAAGUACAAAUCAGUGUACUGUUCAAUGUCAUAUUAAUUAUAAUGAUGGUAAGCCAAUCUUUCAAGUCUGGUUUGGAAAAUGCUUUGAAUAUAGAGUUUCUUCAGUAAAAACAGCUACAGAUGCUUCAAAUUUAUUUCAUAAGCAUUAUACUUCGCAAAAGGGAACUAAAACGUCAGGUAUUUAUUUAUUUGGUCUUCAACUUAAAAUAUUAGAUAAAACAAGAGAUAGGAAACGAUGUGCACAUGUGUUAAAGCAAGUUAAUCAAUGUAGCAAUACUACUCUUACAAGAUGUGCUACAUCUAUUGGAAAACAAUUGUUAACCGAAUUUAAUGAGAAAGUACCAAAAUUUUAUAAUGUGGAAGAAAUUCCAGUAUUGGAAAAUAUACAAAUUGAAUCAGUGGUUAGAGCAUUAGACGAAGGAAACAUUUCAAGGAAUCCUUAUCGACGUUUGUGUGCUAUAGAAUCUCACCUACCUCGCGAAGGAGUUGUAUCUAAAGAACGUCAAAGAAUAAAUAAAGAAAUGGCUCAGCUUAUACCAAUAUCAAUAGUAGAUAUAAAUGCUCAAGUAGAUCUAUCUGAAGAUGAAGAUAUAGAGGAUGAAAAUAUAGCACAAGAAAUAAUUGAUGCAGUUGGUAAAGGUGGUCACAGAAAUAUUAAAGAUAUUUUGCGAUAUUUAGUUCCUGAUCUUAUUCAGAAAAGAAUUUUGAAUCCGCAUCACCCAGUAAUUAAUCUUCGGAUUUCUGGAGAUGGACACAAUGUUGGCAGAAAAAUCAAACAUGUAAUGAUUACAAUGGCAAUUUUGGAUGAUAAAGAUACCUUACAUAAACCAAAUAGUUAUCAUACGAUCAUACUUUACCCAGGAUGCGAGAAUUAUGAUUCUUUAUCAAAUAUAAUGGUGCCAUUUUGUCAUGAUUUAAGAAAUCUAAAAGAACAAGGAUUAAUUAUUAAUAAUAUUAGAUGGAAUUUUCAAUUUUGCUUUUCGUCAGAUUGGAAGUUUUUGGCAACUUGCUUAGGUUUUAAUGGUGCUCAUAGUAAGAACUUUUGUCCUUGGUGUACAAUUAGCAAAUCACAGCAGGGAGACCUAUCAAAAGAAUGGUCAAUUAGUAAGAAUAUAAAUAAACUAGUUGAGAAAAAUAAUUAUUAUGAAGGACAUACCAGAAAACCUCUUUUUGAUAUGAUACCUCUUGAUCACUGGAUUCCUGAUGAGUUGCAUAUAAUGUUACGAAUUACUGAUCGAUUGUGGAGUCUUUUGAUAGCAGAAUUAAUGGAACAAAAUUUAUUUAAUGAUACUGCACGAAAAAUUAUUAUAGAUGAAAUGAAAAGAAUUAAAAUUAAUUUUCAAUUUUGGCAAGAUCAUGGAUCCAAGACAUGGAAUUAUACUUCUCUGAUGGGGAAUGAUAAAGUUAAGGUAUUGCAAUUUUUUGAUUUAACAAAAAUUCUUUCAAUGAGACGUGCUACUAUAGUACGAGAUUUAUGGAACAAAUUUUAUGAGCUUUAUAUAAAAAUGAAAGAUCCAACAGUGAAAGCUGAAGAUUUUAAAAAUGAUGCAAUAAAUUGGUUAACUUUAUUCUUGACACCAUCUGAAGGUAUUCCAAAUACUCAGGGAUUUAAAAAAGGCUUAUAUCAACCAGAUAAUAUAACUCCAUAUAUUCAUGUGUUGGUUUUUCAUAUUUCCGAAUUUAUGGCAAUUCACCAGAAAUGGGGAUUGAAGGCUUUUUCAUGUAGUGGUGUUGAAAAAAAAAAUCAUGAACAAGUUUCCUAUUUUUUUUGUAAGACAAUGAAAGAUGGUGGUGGUAAAAAAAAUUCUCAAUCCUCAGCAAUUGUUGAAAUUUUACAAAAUGAAAAUAGAACUCUCUUCUAUAAUCACAAUAAUAUUCCUUUAAAUUACCAAAAUCCUAAAACAAUUCAUAUCAAAACCCAAAAUAUUUAG